AAUCUUCUAAAUUGAGAAGAAAAUAAUCAUUUUCUCAUGUUUUUUUUGUUCGAAAUUAGCAUAAACCCAGUGUGGGAAAUUUGAAUAACUUUAGUUACUUAAUAUUGUUUUGGAUGAGUUAUUUAAUUCUAAUUUUUUUGUUCGUGUUCAGACACAAAAGAGGAUGAUGCUACAGAGAUGCGAAAGUGGGUUUAAGCUUAGGAAGCUGAAUGAUGCUGUUGAAGAAGACAAUGUCACGCAGAUGGAGUCAAACAUCACACAUGAGAACACUCUUGUUUCCGAACCAGAAGCAGGUUUGGGGCCUCAAACAACUGAGCCCACAACUGAAGAAGAGACUCAAAGAUCGUCAGCCAAAUCACAGUUGUAUAAGUUCUGUAGUGUGAGGCAUUGGAAAGCACCAGUGUAUGAAUGUAUCGCUGAGGGUCCUUGCCAUAUGAUUUUAUUUACAGUCAAAGCUACGGUUGAAAUGAAGGAGGAUUCUCGGAUAACGGUUUUGGAGUGUUUUGGGGAUCCGCAGCACAAGAAGAAGAUCGCAGCUGAGCAAGCAGCAGAAGCAGCGCUUUGGUAUCUUAAGAAUGUGGGUCAUACCCUUCAAACAGAGAAAGCUUCUGGUCAUAAAGGGCAGAUAAAACCGAUAUCGAAGGUGAUGGGAACAGGUGAACCCGUGUAAUGGUCUUUGCCAGUUAGAAUCUGUUAAUGAACCCGAAUUAGCAUAAACUCUCUCGUGUAACAGAUGAGACUAUGUUGAUGUGUAUCUUUAAACAUCAGUUGUUAGUUGUAAGUAAAGUAUGGUUAUCAUU